ACCAUGAAGAAGUCCUUCGCCGCUCGUCGCGUACCUCGCAAGAUUGGCCAUGACGAUGCCGAUGCCCCGUCCGACACGUCGAGCAAUAAUGACUCUACCGCCUCCUCCACCGUCAAACGUCCCUCCGCGAAACACCGCAAAUCCUCCUCCCUGCGUCCCUCAUUCGCCGACGACGACAAUACCGACUCGACUGUCGUCACUCCGAAGCGUACGAACCUCUCUCGUCUUGCCAUCCAACGGAAUGCCGAGAAACGUUCCGACGUCGCCUUCCGUCCAGCCCUCGAUGCCGUCUUGGACCGUCCGACUUACAACAGAGACCAUCUGGAUGAGCUGAAACAGAGCACUCCAGCCACGCCCAAAGACGUUGCGUCUGCCUCGACAACCGACAACGAAGACACAGCUUCUCUAUCCAACAUCGCUGUUGACGUCAAAUCAAAAUUCGGUUCCGAUCUAUCGAGAUACCAGCCUCCUACAGCUAUACCCACCGCGGCCGAGAUCCAGGAAAAGAAAGCUCGUCGCGCACGUCUGGCCAAAGAGAACGAUUUCAUCUCGCUAGAGGACCAUGGAGACAACGGGGAGGAUGACGACGACGCAGUCACACGGGACGAUCAAGGGCGUUUGAUACUCAAGCCCAAGGAAAAGUACCCGGAGACUCGUCUUGUACAUGAUGAUGAAGACAUGCUUGAAGGAUUUGACGAUUUCACGACUGAUGGGAACAUCACAUUUGGCCGCAAGGCACAGAAAGAAGAGGACCAGAAACGUAGAGCCGAGAUGGCCUCAAUGAUAGCCAAUGUGGAAGGACAAGGAACAGACGACGACGAAGAUGAUGAUGAAAGCGAGGCUGAACGUAAUGCUGCUUUCGAAGUUGCGCAAACGCGCCAUGGCACCUAUGCUGCACGGGAACAAGAGGCCGAAUCCACGAGACCCCAGACACCACCGAAGGUUGUCCCUCUGCCGACAAUGGACAGCGUCGUCGAAAGGCUUCGAAAACGACUGGAGGAAAUGGAGAGCGUUCGCGCCAACAAAGCAAACGAGAUGCAGAGCCUCGUACAAGAGAAGACAAUGAUCGGCGAAGAAGAAGUCAGGGUUCAGGCAGCUCUGAAAGAGACGGGCGAGAAAUACCAGAAGCUGAGGGAAGACAUGGGGCUGGAGACCCAGCCUGACGACAAACAGAUCGUCGAGGCAAAUGGAGUCCACCAGAUACCCAGAAUCAAUCGCGCCGAGGACAGCGACAGUGACGACGAAGAAGGAGCAGAGAGGCCGGGUCUCGGGACGUCAGGUCUGGGUAGCGGCAUGCGUCGAGACAUGUCGGACUGGGGUAUGUAGCCUUGUCACAGCUGCCCCUGCACGCAACGAUAUGAAUAUAACGGAAAUCAGAGAGUUGAGGUGUCCUUUUCGAUGUGAUCCUUUUUCCAUAACGCCUAGCGCCUCGCUGUGUAGUUGCUCAAUUGACAGUAAUAUCGGUGUGGCUUGCGAAUCAUGAGUUGGCAUCGAUUUCGGCCCAUACGGAUUCGACCUUUGCUCGCUUCUCCUUGGCUACUUCGCGGUUCUGGCGAGUGCGUUCAAGACGCUCGACACGCAGACACAUGUUGACUUGGUGCUUUGCCUUGGUACACAUGCCCAUAGACUUCCAGAGAAAUCCGCGGGCGUGACAUUCUUCGAGGGCAUUCAUGACCUCCUCGCAGUUCUUGUUGUCUUUGGUAUGAAGAUGGGGAUGCAUGAUUGCUACGGACACUGGUGGCCGGGUC